AUGGACCGCAUCAGUGAGUUGCCACAUGAAAUUCUUGGUAGUAUAUUGUCUCUCUUGCCGCUAAAGGAAGCAGUGGCUACUAGUGUUCUCUCAAGGCACUUGCGGUAUGCCUGGGCAUGGUCUACUUUGACACUUGAUUUUGAUCCCGAGGAAACUUUGAUCGACUUCAAAUACCACAGUCGAACAUUGCAAAACAAGAAAAGCCAUAGGGCUUGCUUCGAUCUAGAUCGCCGCUUUACAAGUUCCAUCGAUAAAUGGAUUGAAUUUGCAUUGAAAAAGAGAGUUCAAGUGUUAGUCUUGGAUUUUGUUAAGGAAUAUGGAGUCAACAAAGAUUCAUAUAUGUUUCCCCGCAAACUGUUAGGUCUCGAAGAAGGGUUUGCUUCAAGGCAUUGUGUUGGACUUAAAUCCCUCAAAGUUCUUUCUUUGAACUUUAUUGAUGUGACCGGAGAAAUUCUAGAGCACUUCUUGUCAAUGUGCCCAUUUCUUGAGCGAUUAUCAGUGUCUUUUGUUGAAAAGUUAGUUAACUUAAGAGUUGUCGGUCCAUCAAUUGCAUUGAAGUACUUAAAACUAGACGAAUGUGAUGACCUCAAAAGAGUUGAAAUUUCUAACACAAACCUUCUUUCUUUUAUUCACACCGGGACUGCAAUAGACUUGCGUCUCAGUAACGUACCCUCUCUAGUUGAGGUAGCCAUUACUAGUCAAAAUAAUGACAUUGCUAGUUUAUGUGCCUCCACUGCUUUCAUGAGACUUGCCUUUACCCAACUUUCAUGUUGUCUUUAUCAGCUAGAGACUCUCAUGAUCAAUACUCAAGAAGCGGAGUACAAUAAGGAUUACACCUUUCCUAUAUUACCAAAUCUCAAGCAUUUGGAGUUAACGGUCGAAGGAGAUUACAAGUUGAGUCUUAACCAAUUAUCGUUUUUUAUGAAGGCAUCUCCUUACUUGCAGAGACUUGCGUUGAAGUUGCGAUUCUGGGAGCACCAUUCUAAUGAGGGGAAAAAAAUAAAGAAAGCUGCCAAAUGUCCCCACCAUUACAUCAAGGUAGUAGAAGUAUUUGGGUAUUGUGGUCGUACAAAUGCUGUCGAACAUGUUAUGUUCUUGAUGGAGAAUGUUGUUGCUCUCGAAAAACUUGUUAUUGUUCCUUACUGGUCGUGGGAUUGUCAUCAUAGUGGAUCAGAAUCGGGAAAGAGAGAAAGGAAGAAGGAAGCAAAGGAAAGACGUCAUGCUAAUAUGCACCUUAAAAAUAGGGUUCCUUCAACAGUAGAAUUUGUAUGCUUGUAAUAAGUGGGGAAAUUCUUCACUCA